CGCCCGGGCACGCCGCCUCCUGCCCGCCCGGCGCGGGGGGGCGGGAUUCCCGCGCGUUUUCCACACGUCAGGACUCGGGGAAACCCCCGGCGAGCCGCGCUGUAAGCACCGCGCUCCGCCCCUGUGCCCGCAGUCCGCUGCCGCCGUCGAGCCGUGAGGACCUGGGACGUAACUGCUCCGCACCGAGCCCAGUCGAGCCGAACUUGGGCGGUCAGUGUCCUGCCGAGCCGAGCCCGGACAGUCUGUGCCGAACCGAGCCUGAAGAGUCCGUGCCCCGCCGAGCCGAGCCCGGACGGUCCGAGCCCCGCCGCCGCGAUGCUGCCUGGCAAGACCCUGCGCAAAGCCACGCCACCAGCCUCUCCUGCAGGGCGGGAGGCGGCGGUGGCCGAGUGCGCCCGGGAGCUGAUCCGCAUCGGCGACAGGUGGGACCUGCGGCAGAGGAUCCUGAACCUGCUCAGCAAGCUGUUCUGCCCGGAGAUUUGGGCUGCCCGCGAACAUGGCGCGCAGAACGGCAGGGGAUGAUGACCUUGGCUUUAUGGUUUGGAACAAGAGACUUCACAGACACCGGGAGAUGAAGAAACCUUGGAAAUUUAGUUGCAUUGUGUUUAGCUGCCUGUAGCCGUCUAAGGAUGGCUAUCACAUGAUUUCUCUGAAGAAUGUUACAGCAAUAUUUGCGUGUGAAUGCCAGGUGGGAAAAAAAAUAGCAAUGGGCAGAGCCCCUCACCUUGCAGUGGUGAACUGGGGGGAGAUGGUGACGUGGGGAGACUUGGGGCAACUUGCCUUUCACCGUGGUCUGAGGAGCCUUCCAGGAACCUGCUUUCCCCAGUCACCCUCUGGUCCUCAUGUCCCACAGCCAUGUUUCACCAAGGAGCUCGGACCACCUCAGGAUGAAACCAAAAAAAGUGGCAGUGUCUUGGAACUUGGGAUCAUGAAUUCCACAGCAAAAGCCAGUUGCUGGGUUUUUGACUGCUGUCCUUUUCUAAAGCCUGGAUCCUGCUGGACAGGGAUCUGGUGAUGGGAUUAUAUAAUUCAUUCAAGAAAACCACUAUCUUUGUUGAAUGGUUUUUUGUCACAGGAUUUUGCUUUGCAGACUAAGAGUUAAAGCUCUAUGAAUUAACACAAUGUUGCAUAGUUCUAGCCUAUAUUAUAAAUAUAUAGUAUGUAUACAUAAAAUACAAAUAUCUGCACCACAAGUGUAUGAAACAGGUAUUUCACAGAGCUAUUAACUGAAUGGUGUUUGGGCUCAAACAUAGUUUGAAAAAAUGUUCAAUACAUGGUUUAAAAAUCGGUAUAAAAAUACAUUACAUAAACUAAAAAGAAGUUUGACAAUAAAGGAAAUAAAUCACAUUAGCAUCAUAUAAGAUAUAUCUGAAUAUAUAUUACAAAAAUACAGGUAUUGAGGUAAUUGUGGUGGAAGAAUUCUUUCAAUAUUACAAAGAAUUUCUUGACAACAGUACAAUUCUGCUGUGUCUUUAUAAGUAAUGAAACAACUUCAAUAGAAGUAGAUCUUAAAGUCUAAUCUCAAGUUUUCUUGAGAAUGUUAUUUAUUCAAAGAAAGUAACUACCUCUCUUUGAAGAAAUAAUAUCAAUAUAAUUGAAUGUUACAGACAGCACAGUACCCUUAGAUUUUUGAAUGUUUAAUUAUAUAUACUUAUAAGCGAAAGUUCUUCCUGUGUACAUUAUUUCCAUUUCAUUUCAUGGCAACCUCAUUUCAGUUCCAGAAUGGAACAUCCAGUGGAUAGUGAUGCACUGUGCCUAUCUCACUGAGGUGUUAUUACCCUUGGCUGGCUUCAGAGGAGCUGAAUUAAACCUGCUGAUCGCUGUCAAGGCAAACAAUAACUGUGCCAGUCCAUUCUUGUCAAACUCAAUCCUAACCAGUACUUUUUUCAUGGGUUUUCAUGGCUGAAGUGAUCCUGUUUCAUAGCCACCUCUAAGGUCAAUGGUCAGAGUUCCUUCCCUUAACUAACCUUGUAUGUGAGUACAUUUGCAUUUUAUUAGGCUGUAUAAUUGCACUUUCUGAUAUUUGUGUCUAUUCAAAGUAUUUUCCUGCCUUGUAGUGAAUUUUUGUUUGUAUUUAUAAUUUAUUCUUCGGUUAGCUCUUCUGAAUCUGCCUUUCCAAAACUGUCAUUACAUAUCUCUGGUCACUCUCACAAAAAACCCUGUGUGCUAUGUAUUGACACUGAUUUCUGUCACUGAGCAGAAGCUGACUGACUUUGACUACUUUCCACAUGGAAAAUUUAACCCCGUCCCAGUGGUGUUACCGGGAGCCUUGCUGUUGGCUUGAGCCACAUGCAUGGUUCCCUCCUCCUCUAAGCUAGCUAACACCUUUUGAGUGAGAACAGAAUGUUUCAGGAAUAGUUGUUAUUUAUCUUAGUACUGCAAAGUAGUGUGUUUUGCGUACACGUACCCAGGUCAGUUUUUCAGGUACUAAAAAGAAAAUGCAAAGAGUUUCAGUUCAGCUGAACACCAGCUCCCAGGCUAGCACUGCAUGCAGCUUGGCAAACUGUUCAUCGAAGGCAGCUCCAACUCCAAGAAAUAUGGUUGCUGUUGUAUGUCUUACACUUGGUGGAGUCUUGGACUCUUCAUCAAGGACACUAAACUAUGACCAUGCCUGCCUGGAACUCUCAGGAAAAUUCAGCAUUAGCAUUUGUAUUACUAGCUAAAAUGUACUUGAAUAAAAGUGUUCUCAAUGUAUGCUGCUUUGAAAUUCAAUAGGAAAUGAGGUGUGGGUUUUAUACAGCCAACCCAUUCCUUCAGGCUCUAGCCUGAAAACUGUGAAAUACUAUGGAAAAAAAAUAUACUCAUAAAUGCAUUGUCAUGGGGAUAUCCAAUUUAAGUAUUGGCACAUUAUUUUUCUGUCUAGAUAUGCAAAGACUAUUUGCUUUUUUUUGAAACUUUUUAAAUUUUUCUGAGCAUGUUUAAGACUGCUAUCAUUCACCAGGAACUCAAGAAGGAGACCUAGAUCCAAGAGACUAGUGCCAGUAUGUGACCAAGCACUUGUUGAUGUCUGUCCUAGGUUCUUUUUGUUACUUCUGCAAAGGAUCUGCUUUAUGACUUUUAUCAAUAUGAGUUUGUUUUUCUUAAAGCCUAUUCUGGAUGCGGGCCAGAUGUGUUGCUGUAUGCCUCAUGCACGUAUGUCUUGAAUCCAUGCUAAGAUAAUAAAUACGAAGUGUU